ACCUUCGAGCUUUUCGAUGGACUCAAGUGAUGGCGUUUGCAAUUGAAGAGAUCAACAACGAUACGACACUCUUGCCUAACAUUUCACUCGGGUACAGGAUCCUCAACUCGUGUGCAUCUCCCACCAACACUUUACGAGCUGCUCUAACACUUGCUGGUGGAAAAGAGGAGACGGAACCCAGCUCGUCUUGUUUCCCGGCUAUAUCUGCACUCAUAGCGGAGUCCGGAUCGUCGCAGUCUCUCGCUGUAGCCGGGACACUUGGACCGUUCCAAGUACCCAUUGUGAGUUAUUUCUCGACGUGUGCCUGUUUAAGCGACAACUCAAAGUAUCCGACAUUUUUUCGAACCAUUCCCAGCGACUACUUCCAGGCAAAAGCUUUGGCCGCCCUGGUCAAACGCUUUGGCUGGCGUUGGAUCGGAGCCAUUCAGUCGGACAAUGACUACGGGCGUCACGGGGUCCUCGCCUUUCAACACGAGGUUGAAAAGUUCGGGGUUUGCGUGGCAUUCGUUGGAACAAUACUCCGGACGUACUCGACGGAAAAGCUCCAGGUCGUUGUGGAAAUGAUCAAAGGAUCAAGCGUUAAAGUUAUUCUUGCGUUUGUACCUGAGGGUGACUUUUACCCUCUGAUGAAAAUGAUGGUGCAACAGAACCUCACAGGGAUCCAGUGGAUCGCCAGCGAGGCCUGGAUAACCGCAGCGCGACCGUCCAACCCGGAAAUUUACCGAGCAUUCGGCGGGGCGCUCGGUUUUGUGAUGCCUAAGAUGGCCAUUCCGAAGUUGAAGUCCUUCCUCACAGGCAUCAGUCCUUAUGCUGAUGCCAGCGCAGCGUUUGUGAGGGAAUUCUGGGAGAUAAUGGCGGGCUGCAAAGCUGUUCUACCAGGGGAGCAAGCUGACACUUCACAAGCAAUAUGCACCGGCAAUGAGACAUUAAUAGAAUCCCAGGAUGAUUUCUUCAACGUCACUGAGCUGAGAGUCUCUUACAAUGUGUACAAGGCCGUCUAUGCUAUUGCGCAUGCUCUGCACCAGCUGCUUUUCUGUAAAUCUGCCAGUGGAGAAUCAGCAAGACCGUGUAUGAACGUGUCGGACAUUCAGACAAAACAGGUGACGUAUCACCUCCAAAGGGUUAAAUUUAAGAACCAAUUCAGUGAUGAUGUCUUCUUCGACCAAAAUGGUGACCCACCGGCUUCUUAUGACCUCAUCAACUGGCAGCUGAGAGACGGGAAGGUGAAACAUGUGACGCUGGGUCACUUUGCCUUGGCUGAUAACGGCGACUAUGAGCUCAGCAUCCAGGAGGAGCAGAUCGUGUGGCGAACGGGCAAAAUGGUGCCGGUAUCUGUUUGCUCUGAUGAGUGUCCGGUGGGUACCAGAAAAGCUCAGAUAAAGGGAAAACCCAUUUGCUGUUUUGACUGUAUCCCGUGCGCUGAUGGUACCAUAGCCAACACGACAGGUGCAGCAGAUUGCACGCCGUGUCCAAAAGAGUUCUGGUCCAAUGAGAGGCGGGAUGAGUGUGUUCCGAAAAUCAUAGAGUUCCUGACUUAUCGUGAGCCGAUGGGUGUAGCGCUGACCGUCGUGUCGCUGCUGGGGGCCUCGUUGUCGCUGGCCACCAUGCUGGUCUUCAUCUACUUCAGACACACGCCGGUGAUCAAGGCCAGCAACUCGGAGCUGAGCAUCUUCUUGCUGUUUUCUCUCUUUCUGUGCUUCCUGUGCCCCCUCACGUUCAUCGGCAGACCGACAACGUGGGUGUGCAUGCUGCGCCAUACGACUUUCGGACUGACCUUCGCCUUCUGUAUCUCCUGCGUCUUGGGCAAGACCAUCGUGGUCGUGACGGCUUUCAAGGCCUCGUUCCCCGGAAGCAAAGUCGCCGGGAAGUUCGGGCCGAGGCAGCAACGGGUUAUUGUUUGCUCCUGUACUCUGGUCCAAAUAUUAAUAUGCGUACUUUGGUUAAAAUUAAAUCCACCGUUUCCGGAUACGGUUUUCCGACACAGCGAUAAGAUCAUCUUAGAAUGUAACACUGGUUCUGAAGCUGCCUUCUAUGCCGUGCUGGGUUACAUCGGUUUUCUUUCGCUUCUGUGUUUAGUUCUGGCAUUUCUUGCGAGAAAGCUGCCGGAUAAUUUCAACGAGGCUAAAUUGAUCUCAUUUAGCAUGUUGAUAUUUUGCGCAGUCUGGAUCACCUUCAUCCCGGCGUACGUCAGCUCUCCCGGAAAGUUUACCGUGGCUGUGGAGAUAUUUGCUAUUUUGGCUUCCGCUUUUGGUUUGCUUGUUAGCAUUUUUGCACCGAAAUGUUACAUCAUCCUAAUAAAGCCAGAAAAGAAUACCAAAAAGCACAUCAUGGGGAAAAUGUUGCAUACCGGUCCUUGAGGUGAUUGACUUUUUGUAUAAUUGCUGUUUAUUUAAUUCCAUGUACUCAAAAUGAUUGUAUGAAUAUAUUGUGGUUUACUAAAAAUAUGUAUUACCAUUAAUAAUUUAUUGGUUUUCCACUCAAGUUUACCCAAGCCAUCUGUGAAAACAAAUUUUUCUUCGAUCCUGAAAACUCCGGCAAAAGUUAACUUCAGAAUAAACAGUAUAACAAUUAUGAAAAUAUACAUGAAAAAUAUACAGGACAAUAAAAUUGGUUAUAUAUUUAUUGCUGUGUUUUUGCAUGCACAGACAUAAAAACAUUGUAUUCCAUACAAUACAGUACAUUUCCACCCCGUCCAGAAAAAGGUUGUUUAAAUAUGAAUCUACUAGGAAAAGAGUGCAGUGUGUCGGAUAUUGUUUACUUAUAUGGUUAUAUGUAUAUUUCCUUAUAACUUGCAUUAUGACAAAUCCGAAAAAAAUCUUACAUUUCAUAUGUAGUGCAUUGAAAUAAAUGAU